GGGGGUCGGGGAGGAGAGACUGCGCUCGGACAUGGGGGUCCUCCCGGAGAACAGGAGCGGCUCGGUGCUGGCGCUGAACGGUUCUGCUCGGUCCCCUCCCAGCCCGAGCCGGGCCAUCGCCCUGGGUCUGACGCUGGGCUCCUUCAUCCUGUUCGCCCUGCUGGGCAAUGUGCUGGUGGUCCUGUCGGUGGUCUGCCACCGGCCCCUGCAGACGGUCACCAACUACUUCACGGUGAACCUGGCGGUCGCGGACCUGCUGCUGAGCUGCAGCGUGUUGCCCCUGUCCGCCUGGCUCGAGGUGCAGGGCCAGUGGCCGCUCGGCCGGCUCCUCUGUGAUAUCUGGGCGGCCCUGGACGUCCUCUGCUCCACCGCCUCCAUCCUCAGCCUGUGCGUCAUCUCCAUCGAGCGGUACAUCGGGGUGAGUUACCCGCUGCGACACCCGACCUUGGUGACCCAGGGGAGGGCUCUCUUCACCCUCCUGGGAGUCUGGAGCCUGGCCCUGGUCAUCUCGGUGGGCCCCCUGAUGGGCUGGAAGGAGCCGCCGCCCCCUGACCACACCGUGUGCCAAGUGACCGAGGAGCCCGGCUACGUGCUCUUCUCAGCCCUGGGCUCCUUCUACGCGCCGCUGGCCGUCAUCCUGGUGAUGUACUGCCGGGUCUACAUGGUGGCCAGGCGGGAAACCAGGAGCCUGGAGGAGGGCAGGAAGAGGGAGACGGGGGGCCGGGUAACGCUGCGCAUCCACCGGCCGGAGAGGAGGGCGGACGGGCUGGACCAGGGUCAGGGUCAGGGUCAGCCCGGUGGCCGGGGCUCCCAGCUGAAGACUCAGUUCUCAGUCCUGCUCUUCAAGUUCACCAAGCAGAAGAAAGCGGCCAAGACCCUGGGCAUCGUGGUCGGGGGUUUCAUUCUCUGCUGGCUCCCGUUUUUCGUGGUCCUGCCCUUGGGUUCUUUCUUCCCGAAGUAUAAAGCCCCAGAGACCAUCUUCAAAAUAACAUUUUGGCUUGGCUAUUUCAACAGCUGCAUUAACCCCAUCAUAUACCCAGCUUCAAACAAAGAAUUUAGGAAGGCAUUUCAAAGCAUCUUGAAGGGUCAAUGCUGUCACAGGAAAAAGGCAUCACUUCACCCUCCCCUGAGCUCCAGCCACAGUGCAGAGGGGCAAAAGCACGUAGUACGCAUUCCUGUCGGGUCCAGGGAGACCUUCAAGAUCUCCAAGUCUGAUCGAGAUUGUGAAUGGAAAUUAUUUUCCACCCAGCCAGAUCAUGGAACAGAGAACAAGUGCUGGGAUCUCAAUGGGAGAGGGAGAACGAUUCUGUGCUGCUGUUGCACCGAUGCCAAUGCACCUCAUGGUGAGACACACCAUGCACCGGGUUUGAAACCUCAAGCUUAUUCGGUUGGUGAUUACGGUGAUCCUGUGUGAUCAAGUGACUCCAGAACUGACAAGAGGUUUCCCAGAGGGGCACACCACCAAUUCCACAGCUCGACAGAAAUUUGCUACUUGCCAUUCCAAUUCUGUUCAUCCAUCAUCACUACCAUCCCCAAAUGUUUUCUCAUUCACUCGCGCACACAAUGCUGACCAUCUUUGAGAAGUUGAGGUAGGUUCAGAAUAAGGCUUCAUUAUCGUUAAAAUGGAUCACCAAGAUUGAUUAUCUUGUCAGGAAUGGACUGUAUCUAAGACAUAUUCAGUCACUUGAAGAAAAAUUGCACAGACCCUCAACGAUCUUGGUAAUCCCUCAAUUUCGCACAGGUUCAACUGAAAAGUGACGUACCUGUCGCUCUGCUUUAUUUAGUGAAUGUUGGUUUAUCUUCCCAAUUACAUGUUCUAAAAUGUUGUGCCACCUCAUUUCUGAUGGGCAUUAAACACUUUUCAAAUGAAACCAAGUGCAGCAAACUGUACAGGUACAAAGUCCAGGAAAACUCCUUUUCAGCGAUUCAUACAUAGAAGGUAAAAAAAAGUGCCAUGUGCAUUAAGUCCAAGGCAAUGUGAACAUUUUCUGAGACAAGAUAGUGAACAAAGGUGCUUCAAUGGAUGAUAUUUUUACUUCACAUGCAAGAGCUGGAAAGAUUUUACCUUUGACUUCAUGACAACUCUUGAUUCAAAGUGACAGUUCUAUAAUCCUUUCUUGGAAUGAAAUGGCUUUAUAAAAUGGCACUCAAGAGAGACAACAAUGACAUAACUCUGAGUUUUUUGGGGAAAUAAGGCGGCUCUGUCUUCAUCAAACUCAAACUGGUUUUGCAAAAUGACAAACAUUUUGGCAGUAACAGUACACUGAACCCGCUUAGACAAGCGAAACAUGCUUCUGAAAGUUUUAAGAAACCAAAUUUGUAAAAGACAUACAAGCUCAUUUUCUUCUCUCUGGAUUUUGGGUCGCAUUGCCCGGAGUCAACUUGUUCACUGCUGUGUUCAGCAAAUCCCUUCAGAGUGUUUUCCUCUCCAUGGUUUGAUCUCCUCAGACUAGGUUCUACCUGCUGAUCUGUCCUCAGCUUUGCAGCAUGCCUUGGUAGGUUUGAACUAUUAAGCUAAACAGAUUCCAAGUUUAGA